GAGUGAUAAUAUAGACAUUGACUUUCCGGGGUUUUCUGAUGUCUUUGCAAACCUCUAGGUGAGGCUGACCUCUGCACUGAACUCUACGUGCAUCCUGCACAUGCUCAAGUAUCUUCAGGAUCCUGAGAAAAUCAAGAGACAGAUCAAGAGUAGAAACCACAAAGGACAUGCCCACUGACAUGAAUUUCUGCCAGAUGCCUCAGAGAUUAGGAGCAGAGGAGCAGAACGGGUCGUGUGAGGGAUUGGUGUCCUUUGAGGAUGUGACCGUGGACUUCAGCCAGGAAGAGUGGCAGCAACUGGACUCUGCCCAGAGACGCCUGUACCAGGACGUGAUGCUGGAGAUCUACAGCCACCUCUUGGCAGUGGGUGAAUUGCGCCUUGAUACACCACAUCAACAGAUUUUUGUGAAAGCUUCAUUUCUAAAUGAUGCACACAGGGAAAUCACAGGGCAUGGUUCACACUGCUCCAUUUUAGGGAAACUGUGGGAGCCUGGCAACACUACUACAAAGACAGAUCAGCAAGGCCAGAUCCCACCCAUACGUCCUGGUGUGUUCCAAAACCAGGAAACCCUGAACACAGACGGUGGUCGUGACGAUGGAGAAGCUGGAGAAUCUCUUCUGUUGGGACCCCUCCUCAUUUCUACACAAUAUGUACCUCCAAGACAUUUCUUAUUGGCAAAAAGUUCGAAGCCUAACCUUGAAGCAUAUAGUGACGAUCAAAGCAAUGCCGCAAAGCAGGUUGGUGACAUUACUGGAUCCCCUCAGCUUUUUACACAAGGCUCUUGUAGUGGUGAGUGUACAAUUCCUCAUCAAAGAGAAAAAUCAUACAAUGAAGGUCGGUUUGGAAACAUCCUUUCUCCCAAUCCACCACUUACAGAGCAUGAAAUUAAUUUUCAAGACAAAGCAGUUGAAUAUACUGGAUGCGGGAAGGUCUUCACUGGCGAGUCCACUUUCUGUCAACAAAUAACUAACAAUCUGGAGACAUCUUUCAUCUGCCACACAUGUGGGAAAACCUUUCUCCACAAGUCUAAGUUGACGUCCCAUCCAGAGACUCAUAGAGAAGAGACACCUUAUGAGUGCCCUGACUGUGCCAAAUCACUUAAGGCUGUGUCCAGCCUGCAAGUGCACCGUGAAAUCCACACAAAGGAGAAGCGUUACGAAUGCCACGUGUGUGGGAAGUCAUUCAGUUAUACGUCCCACCUAAAGGUGCACCUUCGAACACACACUGGUGAGAAGCCCUAUGCGUGUUCUGACUGCGGGAAGGCCUUCAGCCAAAAGUCAGUCCUCACCAUCCAUCAGAGAAUUCACACCGGGGAGAAGCCUUACACAUGCAGUGACUGUGGGAAAAUGUUCGUUUGUGCAUCCGAUCUGACAAAGCACUGUCGCUUUCACACAGGGGAGAAGCCCUAUGAGUGCCCCGACUGUGGGAAGUCUUUCAGUAUUAAAUCUAACCUGCUUGCACACCACCGAAUUCACACCAGUGAGGGACCUUACAAAUGCUUUGACUGUGGGGAAUCAUUCAGGAAAAUAUCCCAACUGAAGGUACAUCAUCAAAUUCACACUGAUGGCAGAUCCUUUGUCUGUUCUGACUGUGGCAUGGCCUUCAGCCAAAAGUCAGUCCUGGCCACCCAUCAGAGAAUUCACACUGGGGAAAAAUGUUACCCAUGUAGUGACUGUGGAAAGCUGUUUCUUUAUGCUUCAGAUCUGAAGAAGCAUUGCCGAGUUCACACCGGGGAGAAGCCUUACAAAUGCCACGACUGUGGGAAGUCAUACAGUGUGAAGUCACACCUGCACGUGCAUCAUCGAAUUCAUACUGGUGAGAGACCUUACAAAUGUGAUGACUGUGGGAAGUCGUUCAGGAGAAACUCUCACCUGCAGAUGCACCAGCAAACUCACACUGGUGAGAAGCCUUACAAGUGCUCUGAGUGUGGGAAGUCGUUCCGGAGAGCAUCCCACCUGAAGGUGCAUCAUCGAAUCCACACUGGGGAGAAACCUUACGUGUGCUCAGAGUGUGGGAAGGCCUUCAAUGAUAGGUCAGUUCUCAGCACACAUCAGAGAAUUCACACUGGGGAAAAGCCUUACAUAUGCAGCGACUGUGGGAAAGCCAUGUCUUCUAAAGCCAAUCUCAAAGAGCAUCAACGAAUUCACACAGGCGAGAAGCCAUAUGUGUGUGCUGAAUGUGGGCGGGCCUUCAGUGAUAAGUCUUCUUUCUAUAGACAUUGUAAAAUUCACAGUAAGGAGAGAUCUUUUGUCCAUAACAAAGGUGCAAAGGGCUUCCUGCAGAAUUCACAAGUGACAUCCUAUGAGCAAACUCACAAUGCAGAGAAACUGUAGUGAUGUGCUGUCUAUGGGAAAUCUGUCAUUGUUAGGUAUCAUCUGAAGGUGUAUCAUCAAGGUCACACAUAUUACCAUUACUGAAGCUGUGGGAUACUAUUGGUAUACCAGCCACACCAUCCUGGGAAAAGACAUUGUUUGUGUUGUGAAUGCAGAAAGUCUUUCAAAAUCAUGUCAUGUCAAUAGACUCGAGAGCUUAUACCAGGCAAUCUUCCAAACUUACACCUGAUCAUAUAAAAGAAUUUAUUGUAGAUUCAGUUCCUCAACCAUAUCCCUCAUCAAAAUAUUCUUGGUUCUCAUGAAAAAAGGAUUUUAUCACAGACCUAAGUAGGAGUACAGAGAUGUCACACUCAAUUGGUAAAUUCUCUGUCUUUGGAACACCACAAGCACAUGCAUACACGCCAUGAGUAUCUACACACAAUAGAUACAUAAACCUAACUAUACAAGCCAUAGUUCGUAGUUUAAAAAGAGUACAGCUAUGCAUUGCUUGGUUAAACAUAUAGAUUAAUUAUAUGUGAGGGAAGUAUUCAUGAACUUACAGGAAGAAGCAUAAAUGUUUCCUUGCAUGAAGAAAUGUUGAUUAAUGAUUUAAGGUAAGCCUUCUAUAGUUAAUGGUACAAAGUUUCUAGACUAUAGGAAAGUUUGUUGGAAAUUACAUCAAUGAUUUCUCUGUUUAUUGUGGGAGCCUAUUUUGUUUCUAUGAGACAGGGUCUCACUGUGUAUUCCAGGUUGUCCUGGAACUCACCAUAUAGAUCAGGCUGGCCUUUAACUCCCAGAGAUCUGCCUACUUCUGCCUCCCAAGACUGGGAUUAAAAGUGUAUGCCACUAUGCCUGGAUGGAUACUAAUAUUUUUUAACGUCACAAAAUAUUUCUCAUCUCUGUCUAAGGAAGUCCUGGGCUUAUCCAUAGCGUGGUGGCCGGCAGACAAAGUGGCCACUUUUUUUUGAUUUCCCAGAUCUUUCAAUGGAUUCUUCCCUGCCUUGUCCUGUCUCAGGUCCUGGGAGAGGUCACCUUCAGGGUGCCAUUUGAGAGAGACAGAAACUGAGAAUGUUCAUGAACCUGUGUUAGUGCCUCCCCAGUGUUGAUGUGAACACUGCUCCUCUGCGGUUUAUGUCCUUGCGGAACCCCAGAGUGCAGUAGAAGUCAUUUAGAAUGCAGACAUACUUGGCCAGUGUUGGUCCUAAAUCUUAAGAGAAAGCCAUAUGAAGACUCAAACAUUUUGAAAGAUGGGAUCAGGGUGGCAGGGAAUUCAGUGACUCACCUCCAAGCCAUGGAAUGUCAGGAACAGGAGAUAGAAAAGCUUCUUGGGAAUUGCCAAAAUUAGCCGUCUCUUGGCCAGUACCUUGAUUUCCAAAUUCUGGCCUCAAACAUGGUGAGAAAAUCAGUUCCUGUUGUUUUGCCAACUAUUAUAAAGCAAUCUAGGAAAACCAA